AUGGCGCUUGCCCCAGCGCCCUGGGAGGGCCGCGAGGGCCAGUACUGCGACUUCUGGUCGGUGGCGGCCGAUGCAGGGGAGGCGGAGGUCAUUGCACAUCCUACCGACCUGCCGUGGUGCUUCGUGAACCCUGGGAUGCAGUGCGCCGGCGACGCGGAGCUGCAGGACUCGAUCAAGACCCCCGACGAUGGCUACAACUCCAGCUUCCUACGGUCGAGUGGGCCCUGUGCCAGCAGUGUCUCCUCCAGAUCCCGAGCCGUGGAGGAGGGACACGCGCAGGUGAACGGUGUCCUGUGGCCCCUGGGCCUCACCGCCCUGAUGGCACUGCUGGCCGCCGCGUCGUGCGGGCUGAGGCUGAUGGUGCUGCCUCCGCGGAAGCCGCUGGACACGCCGCCAGCAGAUACGCCGCUGAGCCUGAAAUUCGAGAUGGCCGAGCGCGAGGUCGAGGCCCUGGUUAACGAGUCCACGCCCCAGGACGUGCGACUCAGGCUGUAUGGCCUUCACAAACAGGCCUACCACAGCUUUUCCAUCAAAUGGGUCAAGGAGCCCGAGGGCGACCGCUUCAGCUCCAAGAAGACCUGGGAGCAGCAGAAGUACGACGCCUGGAAGAGGGUCCAGAACCUCAAGACGGAGGAGGCGAUGAAGCAGUACAUCCAGACCGUCGAGCAGUACAAGGCGCAGAGGACCAAGCAGAACGCUCGGGAAAAGGACGACUCUCGCGGGGGCUGCUUCCUCAGCUGA